AUGCAAUUGACAGCACUCCAACCGCUGCCAUUCACUGUCAAAACGGCUGAUGUUCGACCAGAAGUACUGCCUAAUGUGUAUGACCCUUAUUUCUACUGUCGCAUCUGUAAAAAGAAAUACAAGGAUGCCAUCUCGUACCGCAGACACUGUCAAAACUACCAUGGCAUUCAGCUCACUCGCAGCCCCUCUAUUCCAGACCCCAAUAUUGAGCCAGAUCCGGACGAUCCAUUGCAUCACUGUAAAGCGUGCAACAGGUCCUAUGAGAUAAGAGCUAUAUACAGAGAUCAUUUACGCCGAAUUCACAAGAUGGCGUUGGAACCAGCAUGCAAUCCUGCUAAUCUUGAUAGGUCUAAAGGAUUUGUAUGUAGGUUCUGCAACGAAACAUUCGAAGAGGGCAAAGUAUAUGGCGUACAUUUGCAAACGAAUCAUCAGGGCAAGUUGGAGAAGAGAUGA